CUUUUCCUCAUUGGAAAGAGUGAUGCAACGCAUCAGAUCUGCUGCUGCUGUCUCUCCAUCUAUAAGUACUGGUAUAAAUCUCCUUUUACGCUCGCGGCUCUCGUCCUCCCAUCUCUGCCGUGCUCUUCUCGGGGACCGCUUCCUCCUCCGCCCUCGAAGAAAGAUGGCAUCACACAUUGUUGGAUAUCCUCGCAUGGGACCAAAGAGAGAGCUCAAAUUCGCAUUGGAAUCUUUUUGGGAUGGGAAGAGCAGUGCCGAUGAUUUGCAAAAGGUUGCAACUGAUCUCCGAUGUUCCAUAUGGAAGCAAAUGACUGAUGUUGGGAUCAAAUACAUUCCUAGCAAUACUUUUUCUUACUAUGAUCAAGUGCUUGAUGCCACUGCAAUGCUUGGUGCGGUUCCUGAGAGGUACAACUAUACUGGUGGAGAGAUUGGAUUUGAUAUCUAUUUCUCUAUGGCUAGGGGAAAUGCCUCUGUGCCUGCUAUGGAGAUGACCAAGUGGUUUGACACAAACUAUCAUUUCAUUGUCCCUGAGUUGGGUCCCAACACAAAGUUCUCGUACUCUUCUCACAAGGCUGUGUCUGAGUACAAGGAGGCAAAGGCGCUUGGAAUUGAGACAAUUCCGGUGCUCAUUGGACCUGUGACAUACCUGUUGCUCUCAAAACCAGCUAAAGGUGUUGAAAAAUCAUUUGCUCCUCUUUCCCUUCUCGAAAGUAUUCUUCCCAUUUACAAGGAGGUUAUUGCUGAGCUCAAGGCUGCUGGUGCUUCAUGGAUCCAGUUUGAUGAGCCAACCCUUGUCCUGGAUCUUGAGUCCCACCAAUUGGAAGCAUUCACAAAGGCCUACACAGAACUAGAAUCAUCGCUGUCUGGCUUGAAUGUGCUUAUAGAGACCUACUUUGCUGAUGUCCCUGCAGAAGCAUACAAGAUCAUCACUGCUUUGAAGGGUGUCUCAGGUUUUGGGUUUGAUCUUAUUCGAGGAGCCAAGACACUUGACUUGGUCAAGAGUGCAGGCUUCCCUGCUGGUAAGUAUCUUUUUGCUGGAGUUGUUGAUGGAAGAAACAUUUGGGCGAAUGAUCUUGCAUCCUCUUUCAGUACACUGCAGGCUCUUGAGGCCAUAGUUGGCAAAGAUAAACUCGUUGUCUCAACUUCAUGCUCGCUCAUGCACACUGCUGUUGACCUUGUCAAUGAGACAAAGCUAGAUAAUGAGAUUAAGUCGUGGCUUGCUUUUGCUGCACAAAAAGUGGUUGAAGUGAAUGCAUUGGCUAAAGCGCUGGCUGGUCAGAAGGAUGAGGCUUUCUUCUCAGCUAAUGCUGCUGCUCAGUCUUCAAGAAAGUCAUCCCCCAGAGUGACCAAUGAAGAAGUUCAAAAGGCUGCUGCUGCUUUGAAGGGCUCUGACCAUCGUCGAGCGACAAAUGUUAGUGCCAGGCUCGAUGCACAACAGAAGAAGCUGAACCUUCCAAUUCUUCCUACGACCACAAUUGGUUCAUUCCCUCAAACAAUGGAUCUUCGAAGAGUCCGACGUGAAUACAAGGCAAAUAAAAUAUCCGAGGAGGAAUAUGUGAAGGCCAUUAAGGAGGAAAUUAACAAAGUUGUUAAGCUCCAAGAAGAACUUGAUAUUGACGUCCUGGUUCAUGGAGAGCCUGAGAGAAACGACAUGGUUGAAUACUUUGGGGAACAGUUAUCAGGCUUUGCAUUCACAGUCAAUGGUUGGGUGCAAUCUUAUGGGUCACGUUGCGUUAAGCCUCCCAUUAUUUAUGGUGAUGUUAGCCGUCCAAAGGCCAUGACUGUUUUCUGGUCUAAAAUGGCUCAGAGCAUGACUGCUCGCCCGAUGAAGGGAAUGUUGACAGGCCCAGUUACAAUUCUCAAUUGGUCAUUUGUUAGGAAUGACCAACCAAGGUUUGAGACUUGCUAUCAGAUUGCUCUUGCUAUCAAGAAAGAAGUCGAGGAUUUAGAAGUUGCUGGUAUUCAGGUUAUCCAAAUAGAUGAAGCAGCUCUGCGAGAAGGCCUUCCUCUUCGCAAGUCAGAGCAAGCUUUCUAUUUGGAUUGGGCUGUUCAUUCCUUCAGGAUCACAAACUGUGGUGUCCAGGACACUACUCAGAUUCACACCCAUAUGUGCUACUCUAACUUCAAUGACAUCAUCCACUCCAUCAUCAACAUGGAUGCCGAUGUGAUUACAAUCGAGAACUCCCGUUCUGAUGAGAAGCUACUCUCUGUGUUCCGUGAGGGAGUGAAAUAUGGUGCUGGUAUCGGCCCAGGUGUGUACGACAUUCACUCUCCAAGGAUACCAUCGACAGAGGAGAUUGCCGACCGCAUCAACAAAAUGCUCGCUGUUCUUGAGACUAACAUUCUCUGGGUUAACCCUGACUGUGGGCUGAAGACCCGUAAAUAUGCUGAAGUUAAUCCUGCCCUUACCAACAUGGUCUCUGCGGCAAAGGUCCUCCGGACCCAGCUUGCCAGCACCAAGUGAAGCUCAACAACCAUCCUACCUUCCUGUGUUCUAUGCCUUCUAGUCAAGGAAAUUUUCCAAAUUUUCUGAAUAAUGUUUGGUCUAUGUCAUGUUGUUGGCAAAUUAGGUUUGUCUCAGUAGAAGUUUAUGUGUCUAUUUCUGAGGUUUUUGAGGAUGGUUCCUUGUGGACUUGCCUGCAUUUAAGAGCCAAAAAAAGAAAAAGAUUCACAACCAAAUGUCAUUGUGAUUCUUGUUUUUAAUGAUAAAAUCAAGAUUCCAGUUAA